CAUUCUUUGGGCGCCACGAAAGCAACAAGUCAACAAACGCCAACAACGCUAACACCCACACAACCAACACUAGCUAGUCUACUACUACUGCUGCUGCUGUUGCUGUUGCUGUUGUUGUGAUCUCUCCUUCUCUCCACUACCCUAAGUAUCUCUAACUAGCUCUACUCUAGCUAAGCCAAGCCAAGAUGGAUCUGUCACUACAAAUGUGGAAGGACAUUCCUUCAGUCCUUUCUUACCACUGGAAAGAAGGCAACUACAACACUUUCAUGUGUUUCUACAUUCCCAUUGUUCAUGUACUGGGAGUCUACGGAUUCGUCAACUAUGCUGCCGACACCAUGGCGCACACUUGGUUUUGGACUUACUUUAUCUACUACAUGACUGGACUCGGGAUCAUAGUGGGGGCCCAUCGUCUCUUUGCUCAUCGGUCCUUUGAAGCCAGCUUUCCCCUUCGUGUUUUCCUCAUGUGCUGCAAUGCCAUGGCCAAUGAGGGAUCUCUUUUUCAUUGGGUCAGGGACCACAGAGUCCACCACAAAUUCAGUGAAACCACUGCCGAUCCACACAAUGCCACUAGGGGAUAUUUCUUUGCUCAUGUCGGUUGGUUGCUUGUCAAGAAACAUCCAGAUGUCGUCAAGGCAGGAAGGGAGUUGGAUAUGACUGAUAUGUUGUCCGAUCCAGUCGUCAUGUUCCAAAAGAAGACGGACCCUUGGUUCAAUGUCUACAUGUGCUUUUUCUUUCCAGCACAAGUGGCACACUACUGCUGGGGGGAAGACUUUUGGACGGCUUUCUUUAUUGUAGGAUGCUUCCGAUACAUGUGUGUCCUCCACAUUACUUGGCUUGUCAAUUCUGCAGCCCAUCUUUACGGUGAUCAUCCUUAUGACACGGCAUCCUACCCUGCUGAAAACCCAUUUGUGGCAUGGAUCACUGGAGGAGAGGGAUGGCACAAUUACCAUCACAAGUACCCCUAUGAUUACGCAACAAGUGAAUUUGGUGGACUUGCACAGUUCAAUCUGGGCAAGGGAGCCAUUGAUCUCUUUUGUGCUUUGGGACUCGCCAAGAACCCCAAGCGGGCAACUGCUGCAUGGGCCAUGGCAAGGGCUCGCAGGGAUCGUGAUAAGGCUGCUGGAAUUCCUCUUCCACGAGCUCCGCCUCGGCCUUGGGAAGUCAAGAAAGAUGUCAUUGACACGAGCAAUCCAGAAGGAGAAAAGGUUGCCAAGAAGGUAGAUUAAACCAAACCACAACCAACAAUCAUCAUUGUUGCAUGGAAAAGCUAGCACUGUGCAUCCAAAUCACACACAACAACAUACACACCACGCGCCCUGCACCACCAGAGAUGCACGUCGUCUAUUUGUCAAGCCAUACAUUGGCUAGUAGCUUACAGUAACAGUACUAGGUUUUUGUGGAUUAC